AUCUUCCUCAUUCUCUUCACGAAACCAACUUCUCCUUCUCUUCUUCCGCUUCCCCCCAACUUCUCUGGUUCAGUUGGACACCCUUCCACGCACACACAAAAUUCAUCCCAAAUUUCCCUUCAAUCACGCUACCCAUUCUUCGAUUCAUAUUCCAAAAUUUCACCCAAUUCUGAAGAAAUCAACACUCGCAACUCGAGCUUCAAAUCCGGCCCUUCCAUGGAUUCCCUCUCAUCCGUCUCGCCUUCCUUAGUUCUUCCUUCCAGAAACCCCCUCCGCUCCUGCUCACGGCGCCGCCGCAUCGCUCUCUCGUUUGGGCGCCUCCGCUACCCUCUCCCUCCUGCGCCCACCUUGUUCGGUCCUCCGUCAAGAAGGCUGCGAGAAAUUUCCUGUACAGCGAGAGGAGACGGCGAUGGCGAAGAAGGAAGCGAGGAUGUGGAUAUGGAGAGGGCGCUUAGCUUAGAUGGAACUAUUCCUGUUACUUCUAAUGAGUUCCUGAAGCGGGUCUCGUCCCGUGCUUAUGAUAUGAGGAGGCAUCUCCACCAGACGUUUGAUAGCAGCAGUUAUGAUGUUCUGGAAGCCAAUCCGUGGAGGGAAAGUUCAAAACCCGUAUACGUACUUACACACAAUGAGAAUCAAAUAUGCACAAUGAAAACUCGGAGAAAUAGGAGUGAAGUGGAAAGAGAGCUUGGAUUAUUGUUUUCUAAAGGUGGAAAAUUGAGGUCUGAGAAUCAGAAAAAACAGUCAAAGACAGGAAUCAAAUUUCAGAUGCUUGUGGAAGAUAUUAGGGAGGGAGUACUUGUGUUUGAAGAUGAAAACGAAGCUGCGAGAUAUUGCGACUUAUUGCAAGGUGGAGGCCGAGGUUGUGAAGGUGUAUUCGAGAUUGAAGCCUCAUCGGUGUUCGAUCUCUGCAAGAAGAUGAGGGCCCUUGCUGUCCUGUUUCGGAGAGGGAGGACACCCCCUUUGCCUCAGAGCCUCGAGUUGAACCUCAAAGCUCGUAAACGAUCUCUCGAAGACCAGGACGAGUUGGUAUGAAUAUCAUAUUUUCACAGUAAACAUGGAACAAGUGUGACAUCCCCAAUGCUAGUGGCAAGUAUAUAGAAAAAGAAAGGGUAUACAUAUUCUCUUGGUGUAAUAUAAACCGAGUUUCUAACGAUCUAGUCCCAAAUCGUGCAUAUACAAGAUAAACUAGAAAGAUUUAGAGUGAGGAAGAUGAUUUUCUUCCUACUGUUUUAUGGAUGAACUGUUUAUAAAAAA